CUCAGUCAGUAUAAAGGUCCUUCAGCUCUGCAGCCGAAACUCAGUUCAACAGAAAACACUCAGACAGCAGCAGCAUGCUGCCACCAAACCUAUUGAUUGUGUCGAUGAUCGUCUUACUGGCAGCGUCAGCUUCUACGGCUCCUGUGGAGGAGAAGGAGCAGGAGGAGGUGGAGGUGGAGGCCACAGAGGAGGUGGAGGGGGAGCUGUCGGAGGAGGAGGAGGAUGAUGAUGACUCCAAGAGUCAGGAUAAGAUUGAGGGGGUUCCCGGCGGCCAGCAGACCACCACGGCAGCUGGAGGUUCAGCUUCCAGUAGUCAGUCAGCAGCAGGAGGAGGAACCCAUGAUGGAACAGCUGGAGGUCCGGCAGGUGAUUCUUCCUCUGUGGACCCAGCAGCUGCUGGACAUCCGAGCAGCUCAGCAGAUAAACUUCAGCCCAUCAGUUCUGUAGGUUCUGUAGGUUCUGCAGGUUCUGCAGGUUCUGUAGGUUCUGCAGGUUCUGCAGCAGCUGACGUCUCAGCAGGUCAGACUCAGCCUGCAGCAGCUGAACUUCCUGCAGCUUCUCCUCACACAGACACAAACGGUGCUGACGGAGUCGACUCAGAGUCCAACGGUAACGGACAGAAGCUCCUGAAUGGAGGAGGAGGAGGAGGAGGGGGUGGAGCCGAUAGUCACACAGGUGUUUUGGGUUCAUUUGUGGGCGGAGUUUCUCACCUGGAUUAUACAGGUGAGUGUCCAGGAAUCAUCGACCCGUCCAGCCAUGACUUUUUGCUCGGCCUUAUGGGUGGUGGAGAUCCGUUCGGUUCACACGCUCACAUCAACAUCCCAGGUCACAUGACUCAGCCCACUCACCUGGACUCCACAGUGACUGCAGCUCCGUCUAAAGAUCAGAACAGUCUGGCUUCACCUGCAGCUUCAGCUCAUCAUGUCGACAGCAUCAACCAGUCAGGAUCCGCCGGCACCUCUCUGAGCUCAGGACCUGACCAAUCAGUGCUCGACUCUGUCUCAGGCUCCUCCCACUCUGCAGUUGCUCCAUCCUCAUCAUCUUCAUCAUCAUCAUCAUCAUCAUCAUCAUCAUCAUCAUCAUCAUCAUCAUCACACAGCAGCGCUCACAGAGAACAGACAGAUGGAGUCGACUCACCUGAUUCUAACGGAAACGGUCGACAGACGCUGCUGACGGACACAAAUGGAGCCGUGACGGACCGGCUGGCUUCCUUCAGCGAUCUUCAGAACCUCCACACUGAUCUCACAGGUGGGGCGGAGUCAGUGACCAGUCUCCACAUCGACCUCACAGCGUCAGGUCUCGGACUCGGCCGUGAUGUCACAGAGUCGUCGCCAGUCAUCCUUCACACAGAGUCUGUGGGCGGAGUCACGCUGGACCCAGUUUCAGGUGUUUACUCCCACACAGACCUGGUUACCAUGGCCACAGACUCCAUAGGUACAGACACAGUUGCAGCAGAUCCAACAGGAACACCAUUUGACUCCAGUCAUCCAGCUGUGACGGAUCACACACAGAUGGCUGGUCCAGUCACUGAACAGUACCACCCAUCUGGUCAGGGUCCUGAAGGUGCAGAAAAUGUGGAACUGGAGGAUACCUGCUGACUUCCACAUCAAGCCACGAGUUCGAUUCCUGCGCUACAGAUUCCAGUGUACCGACCAAUCAGCAUGGCCCAGGAAAACCGACCCCUCCCACUAGCUGUAGGCCCCGCCCACUGAACGGCAGCGGCUCAUUGGUGUUUUUUAAAUAUUUAAAAAAUGUUGUUUAUAGACGUUUAUUGUGCUGUAGAGAAUCAGUGACAUCAUACAGGUGUGACAUCAUCCUCACUGUAAAAUUUUUAACUUCAAUAAAAGUUUUUGUCGACUUUGAACAUCAAA